CUCUUUCCUUCCUCCACUCUCUCUCUCAUCUCAUCUAGUUCUCCAAAUUCAUAAAACUCUCAUAAAACAUAAACAUCACAACACAAUCACCUAACUAAUUCAUCAAUCAAUAAUCGUCACCUUACCACAAAUUAUACCAUCUCUCAAAAUUCUCAUAACCUUUUAUUAGAAACCGACUAAUCUAAAAGAUCAAAUUCAAUAUCAACCAACAAGCCCAAAAAUCGAUCAUCACCUUACUCUAAAUUAUACCAUCUCUCAAAAUUAUGAUAACCUUUUCUUUACCGACCGACUAAACUAAAAGAUCAAUUCAACAUCAACUAAUCAGUCUAAAAAGCAACUGAUCUUUUUUUGGUAGUGUCCAGAAUGAAUUUGAAUCCUGACAUUAUCUCUAUCAAUCAAGUUAAACUCACAAGAAUAAAAGAACCGUUCAUCUAAACAUCAACCCAAAAUACCAUCUCGCUUUCAUGUGGCAGACCCAAUUGAAAUUCAACUAUAAUCACAAACACAAAACCAUACAAUAACCAUUUAUUUCAAAAUUCAACUAAAACAAAACCUUUCUAUAUUUCUCACAUCUUCAUUUUCCACCAUGCUUCACCGUAAACUCUUUCAAUCUCAACCGUCCACUUCAUCUUCACCACAACCACCACACCACCACCGUCACCACCACCACAUCCUAAUCCCUCUCCUCGCCGCAACCACCGUCCUCCUCACCCUCCUCCUCCUCUUCACCUUCCUCCACCGCCGCCGAAAAAAAUACACCUCCCCACUCACCUUCACCGACGACCCACCUCACCGUUUCUCCUACUCCCAUCUCCGCCGCGCCACAAACUCCUUCUCCACUCCCCUCGGCCACGGCGGCUUCGGCACCGUAUUUUCCGGAACACUAUCCUCCCAACCCAUAGCUGUUAAACUCAUGGAUACUGACACUGAGAUUAGUCCUCAGAUUAAUCGGUCUUUGGAUCGGAUACCGAGUUUUUAUAAAAACAAACACAAAAAACUUAUAGACACUUCAUUUCACCAAGGUGAACGUGAAUUUCACAACGAACUCUUCUUCGCUUCAAAGCUUCGUUCUCUUUACACAAUUCCACCGUUAGGGUUUUCAUCUGACCCAAAACGACGUCGUUUUUUACUUGUUUAUCCUCUAAUGCAAAACGGUAAUCUUCAAGACGCGCUUUUGAAGCGAAAGUGUGUUGAGCUUUUGAAUUGGAAGAAGAGAUUUGAAAUUGUGAUGGAUAUUGCUAAGGGACUUUGUUAUCUUCAUUGUUUUGAUCCUCCUGUUAUACAUGGUGAUGUGAAACCUAGUAAUGUUUUGUUGGAUUGUGAUUUUAAUGCUAAGAUUGGUGAUUUCGGAUUGGCGAGGUUGAAAUCGGAGCCGGUUAGGGUUGAGAUUGAGGUUUUGGGUGUUGAGAGUGAUGAUGAGGUGAAGAAAGGGAAUGGGAAUGAUGAAUUGGAGGUUGUGAUUGAUGAUUGUGGGUCGAUGGAGAGUGGUCAUACCGGUUUUUUUGAAGAGGGUGGUCAUUUGGGAACUCCGGUGGCUUCGCCGGAAAGUGUUGAGAUGAGAAUGAAUAUGGCGAUGGCUAUGGCGGCGUCUCCGGGGUUUGAUAAGGUUAGUGAGAAGAGUGAGAAGGGGAAAGGGUUGACGAGUAAUUCGGUUAGGGAUUGGUGGUGGAAACAGGAUAAUGAGGUUGCGGGUUUGACGCAGGUUGGUGAAGGUAAGAAGGUGAAGGAUUAUGUGAUGGAUUGGAUUGGAAGGGAAGUGAAAAGUGAGAAGAGUGAAUUAGAGGGUGGUAAGAUUGGGAAUGAGAAGAAAAAGGAGAAGAAGAGGAAGCAGAAAUUGGAAUGGUGGGAAUCGAUGGACGAGGAAAUUGUUGGUGGGAUGAUGAGGAAAGAGAAGAGAAAGUCGGUGAGGGAAUGGUGGAAGGAGGAGCAUUGUGAAGAGGUUGCAAAGGAGAAAAAGAAGAAUAAGAAAAAGAAAAAAGGUGUAGAAAAUGGUGAUGAUGGUAUUAGCAAUGGUGAUAAUUGGUGGAUGAGUGAUGAUGCAUUAUACGGGGACAGAAAGAAGGGAAAGAGAAGAAGCGGGAAUAAUCGCAGUGGUAAUAUCGAUUGGUGGUUAGAUGGAUUCAGUGGUGACCUAUGGAGAGCACGCAGGAAUAGUUUUGAUUCAGCUAGUGGAGAUAUUCCAAAGAGUGGUGGUGUGAGUAGUACACCAAGUAUGAGAGGAACCGUUUGUUAUGUUGCUCCCGAGUAUGGCUAUGGCGAAGAUGUCACUGAAAAGUGUGACGUUUACAGCUUUGGGAUCUUGUUGCUUGUUAUCAUAUCUGGGAGACGCCCACUUCAAGUGACCGGUUCACCGAUAUCAGAGUUUCAAAGGGCUAAUCUUCUUUCAUGGGCACGCCAUUGUGCGAGAAACGGGAAACUCAUUGAGCUGGUUGAUGAUUCUAUUCAGUCAUUGGAUAAGGACCAAGCUCUGAUCUGCAUCAAGGUGGCUUUGCAUUGUUUGCUUAAAUCACCUACUCGGCGUCCUUCAAUGAAGGAGGUUGUCGGGAUGCUUAGUGGCGAACUGGAACCACCUCAGUUGCCUAUUGAGUACUCGCCUUCAACGCCUUCUCGCUUCCCUUUCAAAUCUAGGAAGAAAGGCCAAGGCCGGUAAGUUGGUUACUAUCACAUAACCCAUUUUAAUCGGUAAUUAGACGAAUAUACUGGCAGUGAUAGUUUUCAAGCGACAGAUUAUUGUAUACUAGGAAUUUAAAAGAUAGGUCACUUUGCCUCGUGUUGAUACCAUUACAGCAUACGGUUUGGAGUUUGAUUAGUGUACAUUAACUUACUUCAUAUAUAUAUAUUUUUUCAUACUGACUUGUAAUAUAGACAUGCCUUGAUUGAUUUUAUGUCUGGAAAUUAUAAAUUAUGGCAAGGACUGAAGCCAUUAUUGUAGUUCACACUCUCUUUUAGAAAUGAAUAAUAUAUCAUCAUACCUUUUAUUUACUCA